AAUCAGUUCUGGGCCAUCAGAGGAAAUGAGAUGCAAGCAGGUUACCCAAGAGGCAUCCAUACCCUGGGCCUCCCUUCAACAGUAAGGAAAAUAGACGCAGCCUUUUCUGACAAGGAAAAGAAGAAAACGUACCUCUUUGCAGAGGACAAAUACUGGAGAUUUGAUGAGAAGAGACAAUUCAUGGAGCCAGGUUUUCCAAAGCAAAUAGUGGAAGAUUUUCCAGGGGUUGAACCAGAGGUGGAUGCUGUUUUUGAAGUAUCUGGGUUUUACUAUUUCUUCAAUGGAUCUUUGCAGUUUGAAUUUGACCCAAAUGCAAAGAAAGUGACACAUGUGUUGAAGAGUAACAGCUGGUUGAAUUGUUAGGAGAGAUGUUUAGAAGGCAUAACUGGGCAUUUUAAAUUAAGCCGAUAACUCUUCACCUAAGUCUCUGUGAACUGAAAUGGUUCGUGUUCUCCUGUGUGUGCAGUGAUGGAGACCAAGCGUGUGAGCUGUGUGUCUUACCCACUAGCCUCACAUAUCACAGGGCAUUCAAAUGGGCUGUGCAUUUGUACUCUGGUCACAUGCAUCAGCCUCCCACGGGAACAGGGUUAGCACUCUGCAACAGGCAAGAGACUGUAUAUAGACUAUUUGCUUAUUAUUUAAUAAAAAGAAUCUGUCAGUUAA